ACCCAGUUCCCGCAGGCUGACAGGGGCCCAGCUGCGCUUCCGACAGUCUUGGGAAACUGCUUUUCCAGCUCUGUACCCGCCGGGAGAGCUUAGGGGCCCCCACCCCAGCCGGGGCGGGUCUUGGGGUUCGCCGGAUCCUUUUCCUUUCUUUAAAAGCACACGGAAGAGCCUGCAGUUUUACCGGGAAGGUGUCGCUUAAGUUCAGCAACAGUGCGUAAAACAGCUUUCUCUGACCCUGUUUGUAGGAGCGUGAUCUAAUUUAAAACUAACCAAACAAAAGCACUUUCUAGAAGAAUUUGGAUGCAUAUCAAGAUUCUCUGAAGAUCAGCAACAACCCUUUGGGGGAUAGCUGCUUCAACAUCAUGACCAAGGACAAAGAAUCAAUUUUCAGAAGCUUUCAUUUUGUUUACAUUGUAACCUUAGUAGUUGGAACGACAAUCCACUUCUCUGAUGAAAGUGAAUAUGCAGUAGACAUGUCAGAUAGAGGCCUUACUCAUGUUCCAAAAGGCCUGCCACCAAAAACUAAAGUCUUAGAUAUGUCUCAAAAUUAUAUAUCUGAGCUUCACCUCUCUGACAUCAGCUUUCUCUCAGGGCUGAAAGUUUUGAGACUUUCUCAUAAUAGAAUCCAGUGCCUUGAUCUUAGUAUUUUCAAGUUCAACCAGGAUUUGGAAUAUUUGGAUUUAUCCCACAAUCAGUUGCAGAAGAUAUCCUGCCAUCCUAUCACCAAUCUCAAGCAUUUAGACCUCUCAUUCAAUGAUUUUGAUGCCCUGCCCAUCUGUAAGGAAUUUGGCAACUGGACACAACUGAAUUUCUUAGGAUUAAGUGCUACAAAGUUACAACAAUUAGAUUUGUUACCAAUUGCUCACUUGCAUCUAAGUUGCAUCCUUCUAGAUUUGGAAGGUUAUCAUGUGAAGGAAAAUGAGUCAGAAAGUCUUCAAAUUCUGAAUACAGAAACACUUCACCUCAUUUUUCACCCCAAUAAUUUCUUCUCUGUCCAAGCGAACAUAUCAGUUAAUAAUUUAGGGUGCUUACAAAUGACUAAUAUUAAAUUGAAUGAUGACAAGUGUCAAGUUUUCAUUAGAUUUUUAUUAGAACUCACUCGGGGUCCAACCUUACUGAAUUUUACCCUCAACCAUGUGGAAACAACUUGGAAAUGUCUGGUUAGGAUUCUUCAAUUUCUUUGGCCCAAACCUGUAGAGUAUCUCAAUAUUUACAAUUUAACAAUAGUUGAAAGCAUUAACAAAGAAGAUUUUACUUAUUCCGAAACAACAUUGAAAGCAUUGAAAAUAGAACAUGUUACAAACAGAGUUUUUAUUUUUUCACAGACAGUAUUAUACAAAGUGUUUUCUGAGAUGAACAUUAUGAUGUUAACCAUAUCAGAUACGCCUUUUAUUCACAUGCUCUGUCCUCAAGCAACAAGUACAUUUAAGUUUUUGAACUUUACCCAGAAUGUUCUCACAGAUAGUAUUUUUCAAAACUGCUCCACCUUAGUUAGAUUGAAGAUAUUUAUCUUACAGAAGAAUGAAUUAAAAGAUCUUUUCAAAGUGGGUCUCAUGACUAAGGAUAUGCCAUCUUUGGAAAUACUGGAUGUGAGCUGGAAUUCUUUAGAAUAUACUAGACAUAACAGAACUUGCACUUGGGUUGAGAGUAUAGUGAUGUUAAAUUUGUCUUCAAAUAUACUUACUGAAUCUGUUUUCAGAUGUUUACCUCCUAGGGUCAAGAUUCUUGAUCUCCAUUCUAACAAAAUAAGGAACAUCCCUAAAGAUAUCGCCGGUCUAGAAGAUUUGCAAGAACUCAACAUUGCUUCCAAUGAUUUAGCCCACCUUCCUGGGUGUGGUAGCUUUAGCAGCCUUUCUGUACUGAUCAUUGACAAUAAUGCAAUUUCCAACCCAUCCGCUCAUUUCUUCCAGAGCUGUCAGAAGGUUAAGUCCGUAAAAGCGGGGAACAAUCCAUUCCAUUGUACAUGUGAGCUAAGAGAAUUUAUCCAAAGGAUAGGCCAAGUAUCAAGUGAAGUGGUAGAGGGUUGGCCUGACUCUUACAAGUGUGACUAUCCAGAAAGCUAUAAGGGAAGCCUACUGAAGGACUUUCACGUGUCUCCGUUAUCCUGCAGCACAGCUCUGCUGAUUGUCACCAUUGGGGUCAUAGGGCUGGUGUUGGCUGUUACUCUGACUGUCCUCUGCAUCUACUUUGAUCUGCCCUGGUAUCUCAGGAUGGCGUUUCAGUGGACCCGGACCCGGCGCAGGGCUAGGAGCACACCUUCAGAUGAACUCCAAAAAACUCUCCAGUUCCACGCUUUUGUUUCAUAUAGUGAGCACGAUUCUUUCUGGGUAAAGAAUGAAUUACUACCAAACCUAGAAAAAGAAGGUAUACGGAUUUGUCUCCAUGAGAGAAACUUUGUUCCUGGCAAGAGCAUUGUGGAAAAUAUCAUAAACUGCAUUGAGAAAAGUUACAAGUCCAUCUUUGUUUUGUCUCCCAACUUUGUUCAGAGUGAGUGGUGCCAUUAUGAACUCUACUUUGCCCAUCACAAUCUCUUUCAUGAAGGAUCUAAUAACUUGAUCCUGAUCUUGCUAGAUCCCAUUCCGCAGAACAGUAUUCCUAGCAAGUAUCACAAGCUGAGGGCUCUCAUGACACAGAGGACUUAUUUAGAAUGGCCCAAGGAGAAGAGCAAACAUGGACUUUUUUGGGCUAACAUUAGAGCUGCUUUUAAUGUGAAAUUAACACUAAUCACUGAAAACAAUGAUGUGAAAACUUAAAAAAAGGCUAGGAAAUCCAACUUAAGAAAUCAAUAAAAUUAAAUUCUGAUGAA